CAACAGACGUUAUUACACAGGCACGCCAGAAAUCGGCGACUUCCUGUUCGGAGCCAGAACUUCUCAGCACACCUUGUUAUCAUCCUCGCACAACAAGACAUUGCCAUAGCCGUUUCUGUCGCACGCAGAGAGUAGCACAUCAUGGAGCCUCGCGCUCGCGCCGGCAAAAAUGUCGGGAAAAUGAACUUCUCGCAUCAGGAGCUUGCCCAACUCCUCUACGCACACGGGGAUGUGCGCCACCCGCUGCCCGAGACGGUACGGGUCCUCGACGAGAUCGUCACCGAGUUCAUCCAGGGCGCCGCGUUCGAAGCGGCACGCAUGGCGACGUACGCGGGCCGACAAAAGAUCAAGUGGGAGGACUUUGAGUUUGCCUUCCGCAAGAACCCGGCCUACCUGGGCAAAGUGCAGGAGGUGUUCCAGAAGAAAGGCGAGAUCGAGAACGCGAAGAAGAUCUUCACCAAGGACGACGAGGCGGUGCUGAUGAAGGACGCGUCGGCGGGCGAAGGGGGACGCCGGGAUAACGCGUCGGAGAAGAACGGCACGAGCGGGGAGGGGGCCGCUGACGGGUCGCGGGGCCCUCGAGAUGAGGAGGAGCUGGGGGAGGCUGAUGACAUUGAUGAUGCUCUUUCGGAGCCUGUUUCGCGGCGGGGGAAGCCCUGACUUUCACGAUGCUACGGUUUCUUAUCUCUCCCUUUUUGCGGGGGCGGUUUUUUUUUUUCUCCCCCGUUUUUUUCGCCCCUCCUCUUACGGCAUAGCGACGGCGUUGGCGUUGGGGAACACACCUGAACAUUUAAUUUCGCAACUACCACCACUGAAUAUGAUUUGGCAAAGGGAACUAACUGCUAGGGUACUUAUCGGGAUGCGGUCCGGUGCCUGAGAUUGAGAGACUGGGCUCAUACUAUGUAUGUAUGAUAUGAAUUAAACCCACACCGAUACAAUGAGGACUCGUGAUCUCAAGUAUACUCUGUCAUGUGGUACGUUCCGCUGGGAAGGGCAGAAGAAGAAAAAAGAAUAGAAAAAGAGGAUGCGCAACAGUCUC